GAGAAAGGAACUUCACAACAAGAUACACACAACACCAACAAGUACACCGAAAACUCAGAAUGUCUCCUUGGCUUGUCAAGAAAGAAGACCGUUAUAAGUACGGUCUUAUGAAUCAGGAAAUCAUUGCUACCAACCAAAGAGCCGAAACUGUUCUUGUCACGGGUUUGGCCCACGAUCCGUCAUGGAGUUCUAUCAAGAAAAGUAUCGCUGCGGUUCACACGCAGGACGAUGAGAAAUUUGUUCAGUGUUUCCAGAAAGACCUUCGCGUUCCACUAAAGGAGUUACUUGUUUCAUCACUUCCUAAUUGUUCUUGGACCUUGAACGUUUUCCAUCUUGGCUUCGGAGCAGACAAAUAUGCCAAUCCUAUCGUCAUUCAUGUUUGUGUUCAGACACCUCGUUACUUCAAAGAUAAUGAGGAUGCGGCUCUUGGAGUCGUCCAGGGUAUGGAGAACAUCAUCAAGGAGAAGAUAGAUAAUCAAAAUCUUGCAAAGUUUAAUAUUGACAUCUGUCACAUCAACCCUUCUAUGAGAAACGUCAAUCCGCACGGUUAUACCGAACUCCGCUCAGACGAAUCCUCCAAAGUCCCUCGCGUCGAUCCCCGCAAAUUCCCUGGCGUCAAUCUCAUCUGCAAUUUUCCUUCCAUUUAUUUUGAUUACACUCCAUGCCCUGGCUUCUCUAUCGGACGAGAAAAAACCAAAGACAAAAUCUAUCCGGCCGGCUCGUUGACUGGUUUUCUUCGACAGGAAAACACAAUUUACAGUCUUACUUGUAGCCAUGUUGUUUUUCCUGACCUAGAACGUCCAUCUGAGAGGUACAAGUACAAAGACGGAAUGGAACAGUUCAAAAUCUCCAUACCUGCAUACAAGGAUCAUCAAGCAACUAUACAAGCUAUGGAAAGUAAGCUUUAUUAUGCUGGAUAUGCAAUCAACCAUAUAGAAAAUCGCCAAAUCAUGUCUCCUGCAGUAGAUUUUUCAAGUAAAAUGAGACAUCAAAAAGAACGCCAGAUUCUUUUUGCAACAGAUUUCAAAGAAGCCGAGGACUACAACACUCAUGCUGGUUAUGUUUAUGCUGCUUCAGAGGAAUGGCGCAAGGUUGCUUCAUUCAAUGGAAUCCUCGACUGGGCCUUGAUUCGCAAUGCAUCUGUUGAUCCUAGGAAUCAGUUACCUUGGUGUUGUUUCCUAGGAGAACCUCAGGUCUUCGAAUUCAUCGAAAAGUUCGGAGACAAGUAUUGGUCAUCAGGUGAACGUGAGGCUUUUAUCAAUAAGUGUCUAGCCUUGCAAAGUUCUGUGGAGUUUAAUAUCAGUCACCCAAAGUCGUUCUCACUUUUCAAUGAGAAAAGCAUCUACUUCAAAGCCGCAAGUCGAACAACGGGUUGGAAAGCAUGCGAAUUGAAUUCUAUUCCAGCCAUUAUUCACAAUCAAAAUGCGACUUCGGACGAACAUGUAUUCAUUAGUGAUGAUACCCUGGAGGCGCAAGAAGAGAUAUCUGGCGGAGGUGAUUCUGGUGCUCUCAUUUAUGCUAUUGAUGUUGAUGAUGGAAAACAGACUGUUCUUGUACCCAUGGCAAUGAUUUGGGGAGGAAGCAAACACAGCUUUAAAGGUGAUGUCACAUAUGCCACUCCUAUCGAAGAGGUUUUCAAGGACAUUGAGAGUGAGAUGGGAUGGGAACAUGGUAGCCUCAAAUUCUUUUGAGGAAAUACUGGGUUCAAGGGUUGCCGGAUUCAAUUUGAAUUCGUUGAGCGAUCACAAAACGAUACAAAUAAUGUCCUCUUGGACUUAGUAUCAAAAAAUAGCGAAUAACA